AUGGAUAAAUACAACAUUGUGACACCGACACCGCGAAAGGGCCAUCCAGCAGCGCGUGAUAGUGUCAGAGACAUGAAGACUAGCCGCUCUAACUCUGGUACGGAUUUUACCCGAUCAAAAAAACCGAAAAUUCGAUCGAGUGGCGUGCAUUUGGGACUUCAAGCAUCUCCAGUAAAACGGCUCAGAUCUGCAACGCCACUGAACAGCUUAAAACAAGGAAACGGUGAAGGAAUGGAAGCUUUCGUAGAGGCAGAGAAAGUGCGUUUGCAUUAUUACAAUUUGGACUUUGUCGAGGACAAAACACAGCAUUUACAACACAUCUACGACCCUCAGUCCAGAUGGUUUUGCAGAGACGUGAAACCGGAGUUCGUGGUGGAAGAUUGUCUUCCGUAUCGUCUAGAAACGCAUACUGAGCAGGCCAAAUAUCUAUGUUACAUUUUGGUGAACUUGUACGUGGCAAUCAAAUCGCUAGACAUCCAGGGCCUGGUCUCGAUCUCGAUGAAGGAUCUCGGCGAUCUCAAGUCCGAAAUUGACGAGCUGGUUAUGAGCACCGACAUGUUCCAGCUCUCAAGUGACCGCUACGACGAAAACGAGGACGGCGCUUUCAACGACAUUCACAAUUUCGAUGAGGACGAAGACGACGAUUUCGACGAAAUGCUCGAGCUCGACAGCCUCAGCUUCAAUGCCACUGGCAGGAUCACGGCACGUUCAGCCACGAUCAUCAACGUCAACCAUUGGGCAAACGAGCUGAAGAAUUGUCUGCAUUUUGAAUUCCCAGUCACUUUAAGAAAAAGUCUUGCUUUGGUCUUCUACACGCUCUCCUUGGUUCAAGGUCAAAAAGUCUACCGUCCCAUGUAUGUUGAUCUGUUUGAGGCGCUCGUGAGCACCGACGAUGAAGGAACAAACUUCACUGAUCUACUCCUUCACGCAGGGCUACGAUUAGACUACAAACCAAUGAAAGAAUUUUUGGACGAGUUUUUGCCAUCCGCGGAUGCCGAAUACACUCGUUUCGACGUCGCGACCAAGGUGGAUAACCAACUUUUCAGACUUCUGUUGAAACUCAGCCACAUUGCUAAGCCUUUUUAUGGCCAUGGAGAUGAUGAGAUCCUCAAAAAGACAAUGGACCAUUUCAUUUCGAGUCUAUCCCCACUGACAGCUUUUAGUGUUUUUCCUAUUAUAACUUCUUUCGUGCCAUAUCGGUAUCAAGAGGAUACCAAAAUAACAGACUACUUCCCAUUUUUUUUCACUCUAUGGACAACAACUUCACCUUCGAUUGGGUUUGAUACACAUCUUUACGAUUUUGUUGGAUGUAUUGCUGAAGAUGCCCAUUCCAAGCUUUUAAGACAAGAAAGCCCACGAUUAGUACGCCUAAGCAACGUCUCGUUCCAAGAAUUCGGACUUCUCACCGAAGACCAAAUAAGCUUUAUCUUUAAUAGAAUCCAGAAUCACUUGAGAAAUGAUUUUCAGAUCGUCUCAUUUAGCCGAACAGUGAGGCCCCUGAUCUAUUCUAUUAAUGGCUCAAAUAGCGCAGGCUUUUUCAAUAAGCUUCAGGGCCUUAUCAAAUCACUCGAGACUUUUGCCCACCCCUCAAAUACUGGACCUUGGACUAAAGUGAUUGCCAAAUUUGUUCAUGGAUUUAUCAAGAUGUACCAUCAAAGGGUCUACUUUGAGAAAAAUCCAAGAAGUAGUUUUAGGAGUGAGCUUAAGCUUAACGACGUUUGCCAUGCUAGGCUCGUGGGCAUAUUUCAGAAUAUAAUUUUUCUGGGUGCCCAGAAUAAGAGUUCUGAUAUGGCAAACUAUUACAUUUCCUGCCUGGCUUAUAUGCUCGAUAUCGGUGGCAAAAAAAGAACAGUUCUAUUUGACAGAGUUCUACUGGACCUUUAUGACUCUCUAGGCGACUUGUACAUUCAUUCAACACACCGCCUGAUUUCGUCAUUGAAACAGUUCACAAAAGCUGCCAGGUUCAUGAUUCAAGAUCCACUAUUUCGGGUACACAUUACGAAUCUCCUUGCCAUGCUUGUAGAGAAGCUAGAUUGCAAUGAUUUGACCCUCACUAGCAAUAUAAUCAAUUGCAUCGUUUCAAUCUCAUCAUUUAUUCCCCUCGAAGAUUUUGUUAAGGAGGAUGAGUACCUAAGUUUUGAGUCACAUACUUUGCCGUUCAUUGAGGAACAUGUUUUAUUCCUUAAGGAAGGAAAUGUGUCGGACGACUUUCAAUACGACAAAGAGGCUAUGAACGCCGCAUUUAGAGCUUCGACAACAGUGUUUGAGAAUGUUCUCAAGCUGUACCUCAAUAAAGUAGUUCAGUUGGUUGACUGUGAUUUGGAGGAAGGCUUUAUAAGCAAACUCAAUCAGACAUCUAUGAUUAUGAUAGAAUCGAUGUCGGAUGCCAUGUUCCAGUACUUUGUUGAUAUGCUUGAGAGAUUAUUCUGGGAAAACGAUUAUUUCAAGGAGAAAGAGCCCAAUUAUGAACUGGUCACCAUUCCGCUUGGUGCAGCCAUCCGAAGAGACUCAAAGCUGAGCAAAAAGCUGUUUUUCAAUCUUGCAUUCAACAUCAAAGAUCAAAUUAAGAAAGGAGCAGGAUCUGUCCGCAGCUCCUCAGAAAUUCAACAUCGUGAUGUCAAACUGCUCACCUAUCUAACAGCAUUGAGCGACAUCGUGAGACAGUCACGCGCGUCUAUACUAGACUAUAAGGAAGACCUCAAGGAGUUACUUUUUCAUAUAUUUGACAAUAUCUCCAAUCCUCCGCUUGAUGUCCACACUUCUUUGGUCCUUCACAACGUCCUGACUAGUCUCACUUCGACAGAAGUGACAGAUUUUCGGCUCUUCUGUGAGGACUCCAAAAUCGAUGAUGAUCAAAAAUGGGGCGGACUUCAAUUUGACGAGAGGAGGUUCUCAAAAGAAAGGACAAGCUUCAAAUGGCAUAUUCCAAGUGCAAGCGAGGUGACGUUUGCAGCUGAAUUGCUCGAGGAAUUUACUGAUUACUGCUCUCAGAAGAUAAGUGAUAUGAUGAAUUCACCGGGAAAGGAUGCGGCUUAUAGCGACAGACUCAAGAAGUAUAUUUUGAUUGUCACGCAUACUCUGUCCGGUUCUAGCUUAUUGUUCGAUGCUGAUUACAACAAGUACCGGACCGAAUUAUUACCGGUAGAUUCGUACAAGAAUAAGCUACUACUGUUAAAGAUCAUUAGAGAAAAAAGAUGUGCCUCCGAAGAGCUCAAUAGUGAUGCUGAAUCAGGGAAGAAGGAUCAAGGAGCGGACUUUGAAGCAGACACAUCCGUCGAAUUGUCUGAGGAUGCCCUGGAUGAGAUACUUAUCACCGAAUCCAGUACAGGCGCAAAUCUAGAUGAUACCUUGUUUGAGUACGAACUGGCCUCAAACGCGCCUUCUGGAAUUGCAACACCGGAACCCGGACUGCAACAUGCAGGUCAAAGUACUGGAUCAGGUGUUAACGGAUCUCUUGCACUCAGAGAUUUAGACAUUUUCAGCUGCAACUACUUCUUUGGUCCACACCCCCGCGAGAGGUUGUCAAAUCCCACUUACAUCAAGAUUCAGUCUAUUCGUUCCAGGAUUGGCUCUUUGUUUCACAAAUUAUACAAGUUCUUCUCUGAUCAUUACGAAGACAACACAAUCCUGUUCAAGAUCUUGCUACAUGGUGUCAAGGUUUGGUUUGCUGAUGUUGGACAAGAGGCCAUAUUUAAUGACGAACCUGCUUCGAUUUUGGACAUGGAUUUUCUCGAAAACAUACAGAAUCUGUCUCAUGUCUAUGAGCCAUAUACAAGAACGUGUCUUGCUUCCAAAGCAUAUACAUUGCAUGAGGCCAGAGUUCUUCUUCAUUCAGCGAAUAGAACGCCUUCCAAAUUGGAGAAAGUUCUUCUCAAGGACGUGCUCAAGCUCUCCAUGUCGCUAUAUCCCAACAUAUUCAAGCCAGCUCAGGACUGUAUGGUUUUAGCUAUGAAGCAUUUGAUGGGGUCAUAUCCCAUUGUUAUGAAGUACGUCUUAAGCGCUUUUCAAAAUGCCCUAGACAAACAAGACGGCAGGCAAAUGGAAGUCAUUUUAGAGCUUCUCCUCAUAAAGAAAAUUCACAGAAAGAUCAUGUCUGAUUAUGGAAAUCUUGAAAGACUCUUGGAUCUUUUAUUUCAAGCAUGCCACAUCACAGAUUUCAACGUUUCAAAGUAUGCAGAGAAAAUCAUAACUGACAUCUCAGCUUGUUUGAAGAUACCUUCUAGUGUCUGUUUGAUAAACGAGUCUGCGAUUGAGGAGCUUGGACCUUCGGAACCAUCAGUUGCGCGACAGGUUGCUGCUGUUCAGAGAGCAAAAGAAUCUAAGCGCAGACAUUUCAUUUCACUUCUUGAAAACCUUCAGAACAAUUUGAUUAAGCUUUUGGAGGCGGAUAACAAGUUAGGAUGGAAGGUUUCAGUUAUAAUUAUGAAGCUGACGUCAAAGCUACAAUCAAGUUUAGAAGUGAAAACCGGGAAAGAUGUUUUGCCACACAUUCUAAACCUCACGAGAACGAAGCACCCUAGUACGAUUCACCUCGCCAUCAAAAAUUUUCUAAACGUUUGCAACAAAAUAACAGCACUCGGAGACUGUGAGUACGACCUGAAAAAUGCCUUUGAUUUCAAAUUCAACAGGAGCAAUGUCGAGUUUAUCGAUACGAACAAAGAUGGUUUUGGCGAUUAUUUCGCACAGGAAGUACAGAAUUUUGAAAACCCCAAGUUCUUUAUCGACUCCAAAGCUUAUGUUGGCUAUAUCUCAUGGGGUCGGCGCAUGAAAGUUAUCAAAAACUCGUAUGAUUUUUUGCUCAGAUUGAAACCGGAUGAGAUGCAAUGCCUCAAGGAUUUUGGUCACUCGAUGACGAAGGAGUGGUUAUACGAUAUUUGUCAAGUUUUCAUCCAAGACAAUGAAGGAAAAGGUAUCUUUAGUAGCAGCAAUAUCGAGUUUUUUGGACUUUUAGUUGCGCUUUACGCCAACAACUGCACGAGCAUAACAUAUCAAGAGCUACUGGAUUUAUGCCAGAAGCUUUACGAUAAGAACGACAAAGCCUCGAUGAUCAUGUCAAUUGAAAUAAUGGCUGGAUUGAUAGUAGCUUCCAAAAUGACUCCUGAAAAGGACUUGGAAAAGAGGGAUUGUUUUCUCACGAGUUUUCUGGAUUCAUGUCUCGACCAUGAAUUAAAUCAAGACGCCGUCGAUAUAUGGUCUAUUUUAUGUUGGUGGCUACCAACUGCUGUGGACAUAAGGCGAUGCGUUCCACUGUACAGGAAGCUUUUCCAGGCGAAAGAUGUUUUAGAUACCAACUCUGACUCUUUCGGAGAUCAAGCUUCAAAGAUCUCUUUAUUGAGAAAUCUGCUGCUAAGUCUCGACUUUAGAACCCCUCAUGCUGACGAAAUCCUGUCCUCAUUGGUAAUGAAUCAUCCUUACGACCAGGUGCGACAAGCUAUCUCCAAGUUACUCUCCACGCUUUUUCAAAGCCAAAUUAGUCCAUCAUUCUCUUCUGUCCGUGAACUGAUCGACCACACGUCGAGUGACAGUGGUUUAGGGCGAAUAAUAAGAAAAGUUCCGCAAUCCUUUGACCAGAAACUUAAGGAGUCCUUCACACUGAUAGAGAGCGAAAGACAAAAAGUUGCUGAUCUACCAGCUCACGAAAUCUUGAAAACUCAAUAUUACUAUAUGGCAGCGACGAUGUUGAAUUGGGUGCUAGAGCUGAUGAAGGGGCAUAAUAGUGUAGUGCUAGUGCUGUACUUGGAGCACUAUCUAGCGCCUUUUUUGAUGCAUUUAAUUGGUAUGAAAGACGUCUGCAGUCUGGCCAAUCUUGAACCCACCGCCUGCUACGUUGCAAUCUCGUUUUGGUCGCUUCGCAAGGAGUAUGUGUCUAUUUUCAUGAGACUCAUCGAGAACAUGGAAUUGCAUACUUCCCACGAGUUGCGAGUGCAGCUGGUCUUCGUGGAGAAUUUCUACUCAAAGAAUAUGCUCCAGCUUUCUGAGGAACAGCGGGAAUCUAUUUUGCAAUUUGUUGUGCGGCACAUUUACAACGAGAGCUUUGUAGAGGUGCGUAUGCGAGCCGCUGAAGCGCUCUCCGGUAUCAUCCAUACGUUAAGCGACCCCGACAAGCCUGCCUUAUUGAUGGACCAGUUUGCGCGCGGAUUGGGCUCCCACUCGUCUGCUGAGAAAAAGGUACUCUCCAAGACGGACACUAAGAUCCACAGCUCUGUCAUUGGACUUGGCGCCGUCAUCUCUGCUUUCCCAUAUGCAUUCCCACUACCCAAAUGGAUCCCACCUCAGUUGAGCGGGUUGUCCUCCUGGGCACGUACUAGUGGUAUGUCUGGGGCUGCUGCCAAGGAGAUCAUCAGCGAUUUCAAGAAAGUACGCGCCGAUACCUGGCAUCUUGAUCGAACCUUUUUCACCCCGGAGGAGCUUGAAGAUCUGGAAGGUGUCUUAUGGAGAAGUUAUUAUGCUUAA